CCCCAGAGGCCCCCCCCGAGGACGACGCUUCCGCCGCCGCUCCCUCCUCUUCCUCAUCCUCUUCGCCAUCGCCCUCCUCGUGCUGCCCGUCCCCGGAGGAGCCGCCGGUGAAGGGGCUGGCGGAGGAGGCGGUGCCGGCGGUGCUGCGGGCCUGCGUGAGCAUGCUGGGGGUGCCGGUGGACCCCGACACCCUGCACGCCACGCUGCGGCUCUGCCUGCGCCUCACGCGGCACCACAAGCACGCGCUGCUCUUCGCCGAGCUCCGCAGCACCCGAACCAUCCUGGGCCUGACGCAGAGCUCCGGCUUCACCGGCUUCACCCCCCUCGUCACCCUCCUCUUCCGGCACAUCAUCGAGGACCCCUGCACCCUGCGGCACACCAUGGAGAAGGUGGUUCGCUCGGCAGCCACGAGCGGUGCCGGCAGCACCACGUCGGGGGUGGUGUCGGGCAGCCUGGGCUCCCGGGAGGUGAACUACAUCCUGCGGGUGCUGGGCCCCGCCGCCUGCCGCAGCCCCACCGUCUUCACCGAGGUGGCCACCGGCUGCAUCCGCAUCGCCCUGCCCGCCCCCCGCGGCUCCGGCACUGCCUCGGAUGAUGAGUUCGAGAACCUGCGCAUCAAAGGCCCCAACGCGGUGCAGUUGGUGAAGACGACGCCGGUGAAGCCCUCGGCGCUGCCCGUCAUCCCCGAGCCCAUCAAGGACGUCAUCUACGACAUGCUCAAUGCCCUGGCAGCCUACCAUGCCCCCGAGGAGGGGGACAAGGGGGACCCCAAGAGCGCGGCACCCUCGGAGGUGAGCCAGCUGCUGUCGGACAUCGGCGACGACGUCUACCAGCAGUACCGGAGCCUCACGCGCCAGCCCGGCGACUUCGACCCCCCCUCCGGCUUCGCCAUCAACGCUCAGGUCUUUGGUGCUGAUGGAGCUGCCGCGGAGACGCCGCCAUCGGGGACGCCGCAGGGGGAAGCAGCCAGCCCCGAGGAAGGCCGGGAAGGGCGGAAGGAGAAGGAUGGGGAGCGGGGUGAGGAGCGGCAGCGGGGGAAGGCCUCCAAGCCCCUGAUGCCCACGUCCACCAUCCUGAGGCUGCUGGCCGAGCUCGUGCGCUCCUACGUGGGCAUCGCCACCCUCAUCGCCAACUACAGCUACACCGUGGGGCAGAGCGAGCUCAUCAAGGAGGACUGCAGCGUUCUGGCCUUCGUGCUGGACCACCUCCUGCCGCACACGCCCAACGUGGAGGACAAGGACACCCCGGCGCUGGCGCGGCUCUUCCUCGCCAGCCUGGCAGCCGCCGGCACCGGCACCGAUGCGCAGGUGGCGCUGGUCAACGAGGUGAAGGCGGCGUUGGGCCGGGCCCUCGCCAUGGCCGAGAGCACCGAGAAGCACGCCCGGCUCCAGGCCGUCAUGUGCAUCAUCAGCACCAUCAUGGAGUCCUGCCCCACCACCUCCAGCUUCUACAGCAGCGCCACCAAGACGCAGCACAACGGCAUGAACAACAUCAUCCGCCUCUUCCUCAAGAAGGGCUUGGUCAACGACCUGGCCAGGGUGCCCCACAGCCUCGACCUAUCCAGCCCCAACAUGGCGAACACGGUGAACGCGGCGCUGAAGCCCUUGGAGACGCUCUCGCGCAUCGUGAACCAGCCCAGCGGGAGCCUCUUCGGCACCAAGGGCUCGUCCAGCAAGAGCAAGGCCGAGGGUGGCGGCGGGGCCCGGGACAGCGGCGCUGCCCCCCCCGAUGGAGGGGACCCCGGGGACCCCGAGCCCCCCGAGGAGGACGCGGAGGUGACGCAGGCGGAGGCAGCCGAUGGGGACAUGGACGGGGAGGCCGAAGGUGACCCCGGGGGACAGCCCGAGGGGCUCAGCACCCAGGAGAUGCAGGUGGAAAAUGAACUGGAAGAUCUCAUUGAUGAGCUACUGGAGCGGGAUGGAGCCGCUGGGAACAGCACCAUCAUCGUGAGCCGCUCCGGUGAGGAUGAAUCCCAAGAGGAUGUGCUCAUGGAUGAGGCUCCCUCCAACCUCAGCCAAGCCUCCACGCUCCAGGCCAAUAGGGAAGAUUCCAUGAACAUCCUGGAUCCCGAGGAUGAGGAGGAGCACACGCAGGAGGAGGACAGCAGUGGCAGCAAUGAGGAUGAGGAUGACAGCCAGGAUGAGGAGGAGGAGGAAGAGGAGGAAGAUGAGGACGAUCAGGACGACGAGGAAGGGGAGGAAGGGGAGGAGGAGGAGGACGACGACGACGGCUCCGAGAUGGAGCUGGACGAGGACUAUCCCGACAUGAACGCCUCGCCCCUGGUGCGCUUCGAGCGCUUCGAUCGCGACGAUGACCUCAUCAUCGAGUUCGAUAACAUGUUCUCCAGCCCCACCGACAUCCCGCCGUCGCCGGGGAACAUCCCCGCCAGCCACCCGCUCCUGGUUCGCCACGCCGAGCACGGAGCCCUGGCGCUGGGCACCGGCGCCGCCACCACGCGCCUGGCGCAGGGCCUGGGCCGCAGCCAGCGCACGCUGCGGCAGCUCACGGCCAACGCCGGCCACACCAUCCACGUGCACUACCCCGGCGCCCGCCAGCCCAACCCGCCCCUCAUCCUGCAGCGGCUGCUGGGCCCCUCGGCCGCGGCCGACAUCCUGCAGCUGAGCAGCAGCCUCCCGCUGCAGAGCCGGGGCCGGGCCCGGCUCCUGGUGGGCAAUGAGGACGUGCACAUCAUCGCCCGCUCCGACGACGAGCUCCUCGACGACUUCUUCCAUGAGCAGGGCAGCACCGGCAGCCAGGCAGGGACCCUCUCCAGCAUCCCCACGGCCCUGACGCGCUGGACCGAGGAGUGCAAGGUGCUGGAUGCUGAGAGCAUGCACGACUGUGUCUCGGUGGUGAAGGUCCCCAUCCUGGCCCGCCUCGAAGCGCUGCGGGACGAGGAGCUGGACGAGCGGCGCGAGAAGCGCCGGCGCCAAGCGGCCGAGGAGGAAGCCAAAGGCACCGAGCGGGGGGGCCCUGAGGACAAGGAAGGGGCUGACACCCAGGAAGUGGCCUCCAAAGCCGCCACCGCCGCCGCCGACGUCACCCCCCCAGAUUCCUCCCCCCCCCAUCUUGUUUUGGGUCUGUAUGGCCCAAAUUGGGGAGAGGAUGUGUUACUGGGGGGGGGGGGGGUGUCCCAUAAAGCUCUAUGGGUAUCCCUGACAUUGAUCCCUAUACAUGUGUGUGUGUGUCCCCCAUCCCAGAACACAGCGGGACAACGGGAGAGACCCCCCCUCCCGGUCCCCCACCGGACAUUGGUGAUGUUGGAACCGACGCCGACCCCCCCAGAUCCUCCUUCGGGAGGAGCCCCCCAAAUUCCCACUCGCCCCCCCCAACCCCCUGACCAUGAAGAGGGGGGACCUGGGCGACCCCCCCAGGAUGCUGAAGCCACUCAAAUGGAGCUGUCACCCGCUCCCACCAUCACAUCACUGUCCCCGGAGCGAGCGGAGGACUCGGAUGCUCUGACGGCCGUGAGCAGCCAACUGGAAGGAUCCCCCAUGGACACCUCGAGUUUGGCUUCUUGUACCUUGGAAGAGUCAGGGGGUGCCCCCCCUCCUCCAGCAGCCCCCCAAAACCCCCCCGGCACCCCCCAAGGACCACCCCCGGCUCCCCCUGACGCCGCUCAGCCCCCUGAUGACAGCUCGCCCCCGGCCUCGUCCUCGGAGAGUUCCUCAACCCGGGAUUCAGCCGUGGCCAUUUCGGGAGCCGAUUCCCGAGGGAUCCUGGAGGAGCCGCUGCCGUCCACCAGCAGCGAGGAGGAGGACCCCCUGGCCGGGAUCAGCCUGCCGGAAGGGGUGGAUCCAUCGUUCCUGGCGGCGCUGCCGGAUGACAUCCGCCGGGAAGUGCUGCAGAACCAGCUGGGGAUCCGCCCCCCUGCCCGGGCCCCGCCCACCCCAAGCCCCGCCCCCCCGGUCGUGGCCAAUCCCGGCCUGACCGAGGUCAGCCCCGAGUUCCUGGCGGCUCUACCCCCGGCCAUACAGGAGGAGGUGCUGGCCCAGCAGCGCGCGGAGCAGCAGCGGCGGGAGCUGGCGCAGGCCACGAGCUCGGACGCGCCCAUGGACCCGGUGACGUUCAUCCAGACGCUGCCGUCGGAGCUGCGGCGCUCGGUGCUCGAGGACAUGGAGGACAGCGUCCUGGCCGUCAUGCCCCCGGACAUCGCCGCCGAGGCGCAGGCGCUGCGCCGCGAGCAGGAGGCCCGCCAGCGCCAGCUUAUGCACGAGAGGCUCUUCGGCCACUCCAGCACCUCCGCGCUCUCCGCCAUCCUGCGCAGCCCCGCGUUCACGAGCCGCCUGAGCGGGAGCCGGGGGGUGCAGUACACGCGCCUGGCGGUGCAGCGCGGGGGCACCUUCCACAUGGGCGGCACCGCCGGGCACAGCAGACCCUCAACCGGCAACGUGGACAACCUGCUGCGCCUGCGCGGGCGCCUGCUCCUGGACCACGAAGCCCUCUCGUGCCUCCUGGUGCUGCUCUUCGUGGACGAGCCCAAGCUGAACACGAGCCGCCUGCACCGCGUCCUGCGCAACCUCUGCUACCACGCGGCCACGCGGGGCUGGGUGGUGCGGAGCCUCCUCUCCAUCCUGCAGCGCAGCAGCGAGAGCGAGCUCUGCCUCGAGGCCCCCGCGCCCCACCGGCACCGGAGGAGCGCCCGCGCCGCGCACGAGCCACCCCUCCCGGCAGCACCGCCGCCACCACCACCACACACCACCACCGGUACCACCGAACCCCGCGCUCUCGACCUCCUGCACCGCGUGGAAGCGCGCAGCUCCGGGCAGCUCUCGUGGCUCUCCGUCUCCAUGGACGCGGCGUUGGGAUGCAGGACCAACAUCUUCCAGAUCCAAAGGGUGCCCGGCAGGAAGCACACGGAGAAACACGGUGGCGGCAGCGGCGGCGCCGCCGCCGGCUCCGCCGUCCACAUCCACCCGCAGGCAGCGCCCGUCGUGUGCCGGCACGUCCUGGACACCCUCAUCCAGCUGGCCAAGGUCUUUCCCAGCCACUUCACCCAGCAGCGGGGCCGGGAUCCCAGCACGGAGCCGGAGCGGGAACGCGGCCCCCCCAAAUCCGGGGGCAGCCCCUGCCCCCCCCCCCCCCCUUCCGGCAGCCUUUCCACCGAUUUCUGGGACCUCUUGGUGAAGUUGGAUAACAUGAACGUGAGCCGGAAAGGGAAGAGCUCGGCCAAAACGGGCGCCGGGGGUGGGGGGCCGGAGCCCGAGGCCACGGGGAUGGGCUUGGAAGCGUCGCCCUUGGGCCAGCUCAUGAACAUGCUGUCCCACGGCGUCAUCCGCCGCAGCGCCCUCCUCACCGAGAAGCUGCUCCGGCUCCUGUCCCUCAUCUCCAUCGCUCUUCCCGAAGGUGGGAAAGGGGCUGAGGGGGCAGGAGCCCCCCAAAACGCCCCCGCCGCAACGGGAGCCGGGGCGGCUCCGGGGAGUCCGGCGGCGCAGAGCGGGAACGCCGGGAACGCGGCGGCGGGAGGGGGAGCUGCGGCUGGGGCCUCCUCCAAGAGCUCCAAGUCACCAGCGAAGGGCCCCGAGAGCAGCCCUGACCCCCGGAUGGCGGCCACGGGGCUGACCGAGAGCCAGCUCCAGCUCUCGGUGGAGGUGCUGACGUCCCACUCGUGCUCCGAGGAGGGGCUGGAGGACGCGGCCAACGUCCUGCUCCAGCUCUCGCGCGGCGACGCCGGCACCAGGGACACGGUUCUGCGCCUGCUGCUCACCGGCGCCCGGCACCUCGGGGCCACCCUGUGCCGCCAGAUCGGGACGCUGCUGGCCGAGCUGAGGGAAUACAACCUGGAGCAGCAGCGGCGGGCGCAGAGCGAGGCCCCGUCCCCCGAGGGGCUCCCCGAGGAGCAGCCGCCCAGUGCCAAGCUCAAGGGCAAGAUGCAGAGCCGGUUCGACACAGCCGAGAGCGUGGUGAUCGUGGCGUCGCAGAAGCGGGCGCUGGGCGGGCGGGAGCUGCAGCUGCCCAUGUCCGUGCUCACCUCCAAGACGUCCACGCAGCGCUUCUUCCUCCGCGUGCUGCAGGUCAUCAUCCAGCUGCGUGACGACACGCGCCGGGCGCACAAGAAGGCCAAGCAGGCCGGGCGCCUGGGCGCCGGGGGGCUCGGGGCGGCUGGCAGCAUCCAAGCAGCCGUCCGGCAGCUGGAGGCCGAGGCCGACGCCAUCAUACAAAUGUCGGAGGCUGGGCCUGCGGACGCCGCUCCCCGUCGGGAUGAAUCCCCCAUGGAUGUGGAUCAGCCGUCGCCAGCCCCCCAGGACAACCCCUCCGUGGGCUCGGAGGGGCCGGAGCGGGGACGGCGGCCCCCGGAGCUGCCCCUGCUGAGCGAGCAGCUCUGCCUGGACGAGCUCUGGGAUAUGCUGGGGGAGUGCCUCAAGGAGCUCGAGGAGUCCCACGACCAGCACGCCGUGCUCGUGCUGCAGCCCGCCGUCGAAGCCUUCUUCCUGGUGCACGCCACGGAGCGGGAGAGCAAGCCCCCGGUGCGGGAUACCCGGGAGAGCCAAUUGGCCCACAUCAAGGACGCCCCCCCGCUGUCCCCCGCCCCCCUGACCCCCGCCACCCCCUCCUCCCUGGACCCCUUCUUCUCCCGCGAGCCCUCCUCCAUGCACAUCUCGGCCAGUUUGCCCCAAACCCAGAAGUUCCUGCGCUUCGCUGAGACCCACCGGACGGUGCUGAACCAGAUCCUGCGUCAAUCCACGACCCACUUGGCCGAUGGCCCCUUCGCCGUCCUGGUCGACUACAUCCGAGUCCUGGACUUCGAUGUCAAGCGCAAGUACUUCCGUCAGGAGCUGGAGCGGUUGGAUGAGGGCCUGCGCAAGGAGGACAUGGCCGUGCACGUGCGGCGCGACCACGUCUUCGAGGACUCCUAUAGGGAGCUGCAUCGGAAGUCCCCCGAGGAGAUGAAGAACAGGCUGUACAUCGUGUUUGAGGGCGAGGAGGGGCAGGACGCGGGGGGCCUGCUGCGGGAGUGGUACAUGAUCAUCUCGCGGGAGAUGUUCAACCCCAUGUACGCGCUGUUCCGCACGUCGCCGGGGGACAGGGUCACCUACACCAUCAACCCCUCGUCCCACUGCAACCCCAACCACCUGAGCUACUUCAAGUUCGUGGGGCGCAUCGUGGCCAAGGCCGUGUACGACAACCGCCUGCUCGAGUGUUACUUCACCCGCUCCUUCUACAAGCACAUCCUGGGCAAG